CGAAUUCGACACCAAGAUCGCCAGCGGAAACUUCGAGGGCUGGAUCAAGGGGCCCAGUCAGCUGCUGGCGCUGGCCGGUUUACUUGGUUCCAACGCUUACGAGAAGGGCACAAACAACACGCCGCUGGAGGUGUUGACUACUGACAUCCAGGAUCGGGUCUACGAGGAGAUCAUUCGGAAGUACCCGCACCACUGCGAGGCGGCGCUGUAUCAGCGGGCGACCUUGGAAUUGCGCAACCGCGGGUUCUGGACCAGCAUCUUCGAGGAAGCGCCGCGGCAGAUGAUGAAGGACUAUUUGAAGGAGGCGUUGAUACGUGCCCGCGAGCGGCUGAAGCGGGAGGAGCAGCUGCUGGAGGAUGUCCGGGAGGUGACCGACCGCAGAGUAUCCCACGAAAAAACUAUUUCACUGUAAUAAUUUUGCAAGAUCUGCAUCACAAGUUUGUUACACAUGACAGAGAAAACUUGGCAUGCGUGCUUCCUAAUGGAAAACACGCUUGAAAAUGCAAUGUCUUGCAGGUGUAGCAAGACAAAACACUUCUGUGUUCCAUUUUCUGCAUCACAAGUUCACAGUGAAACAGUUUUUUCUUGCGAUACAGAGCGCACGAGAUCUAUUCCCCGGUUUUGAACGCGGAUGUGGAGACGCUGAAGCAUAUCAAAAGGAAAAAUCCCCCCUCCCCAUAUCGAAAACGAAAUUUGUGAUGCUGUAUUUGAGUACACAAGUCGACUUGUAAUUCUAAAAGGCCAAGAGACGCAGCUGUGGCCUCGUUUGCAACCAAUUUGUCAUGCUGUUUCCCACUUCCAGCUGCCCCCUGUCAUGCUGAAGAUGCAAGGCUUUCCCACGCCAGCCAGCACCUCAGUCCGCAUCUUUUCCCUUCUAGCAUGACAAAGCUGAUUUGUGACCACAAAUCCGCAUCACAAGUUUCUAGUUUGAGUAUGGGGUGGGGGGAUUUUUCACUUUGAUAAAGCAGGCGAACGUCGACCCGGCGGUCAGGACCCGGGCGGAAAAACGGUUGAAUCUCGUGAAGCAGAAGUUUGAGCAGUCCUCCUUCUGGAAGGCACGGCAGAUGAAACUCGAGGGCAUCAAAUGGAUGAUCGAGAACAUCGAGGGCUUUGUCGGGUCCGUGGGGUUGAUGGAAAAGGACUUCCAGUUUGGGAAGUUUCUGAUGUUAUCAAAUGUAAAAAUGUCUGGGUCUGGAAGAAUGCGAGAUUUGUCAUGCACGUUUUGCAUGACCCAUGAUGUCUGUGAUGCAUACCCUAGCAAUACAAAUUUUUUGAAGGCUUCUUGACGCCUAUUCCGCAUGACAAAUGCCUUCUCAGCGUAGCAAAAAUUGCAUUCCCUUUGGUACUCAUGCAAUACAGAUUUUUUUGGAAUCUUAAUGCAGCAUCACAAGUUGCAUUCUUCCAGACCCAGACAUUUUUAAACUUGAUAGACGUCGAACGGCAAAGCGGUGAAUUUCGUCCGGCAGUUGGCGAAGCGAGAAAACUAUCCCGUGCAAAAGUAUCGUACUCGUAUAAAUGCAAGUCUAGCAUUACAAAUCUUUGUCUUAAGGUAAAUCCGCAUUACAAAUUUUAUUUUUCAUGCUGAGAAAAUUUGUAAUGCAUUUAUACGAGUACGAUGCUUUUGCAGUUCAUAAAAACCAAACCUGGGGCCAGGACCACCUGCAGUACUUCCGGAUUGACCGGGACCUGCGGGUGCUGUACCCGAUUGUGAUGACGGAAAGGCGGAAAUUGAUGGAAACGUUUGAC